AUGGUGCGCAGGAGGAAGAAGAGCGACAAGGAGGAGAACAAGGAGAUAUUUUUCUGUUAUUAUUGCGACAGAGAGUUUCCUGACGAGCAGACCGUGAUCCUGCACCAGAAGAGCAAGCACUGGAAAUGCGAGAAUUGCCAAAAGAAGGUCAACUCAGCCAGCGGGCUGCGAAUUCACUGCAGAAACGUCCACAAGAUGGAGAUCCGACAGAUCCCCGGUGCGAAGCCAGGCAAGGACGACGUGUCCCUCGAGGUCUACGGCAUGGCGGGCGUCCCCCUCGAGGCCAUCAAUGAGCGACGCGAAGCUGCCGGCCUGCCACCCAAGCAGCCCGAACAAGCCCCCGUGGUCGCCUCCAUCCAGCUUCCGCCCGUAUCAGGCCCCCCUGGGUUCCCGCCGCCGUUCGGGGGCAUGCCACGGCCGCCUGUGCCCGGCUUCGGGGCCCCACCGGUACCCGGAUUCGCGCCCCCCCCGGGGGGUCCGCCACGGCCCGGCUACGCGCCGCCGCCGGGCAGCCGGCCGCAGGUGUCGCGGCCGGCGUUCGCAGCGGGCCAGAUCUCCGCGCCGCCGACCACGACGGGGACGGCGGUCCGCGCCCCGCCGCGGCCGGCAGCGAGCGUGCAGCAGCCGCCGUUCGCGGCGCCGGGGGAGCUCUACGUGUGGUGCGACAACGAGCUGAGCGUGGAGGAGGUGCGCGCGAUGGAUCCGAAGUACAAUCCGAAGGCUGCCGCGUGA